AUGGCCCCCACCUCGUACACAAAGUCCCUCUCCACCUGCACACAGGUCCCUCUCCACCUGUACACCAGGUCCCUUCCACCUGUACACCAGGUCCCUCUCCACCUGCACACAAGGUCCCUCUCCACCUGCACACAAGGUCCCUCUCCACCUGUACACAAGGUCCCUCUCCACCUGCGUACAAGGUCCCUCUCCACCUGUACACAAGGACCCUCCACCGCAUACACAGAGUCCCUCUCCACCCGCACACCAGACCUCUCCACCUGCAAAGGUCCCUCCACCUGUACACAAGGUCCCUCCACCCUUACACCAGAUCCCUCCAUCUGUACACAAGGUCCCUCCACUGCACACCAGGUCCCUCUCCACCUGCACACAAGGUCCCUCUCCACCCUGUACACCAGGUCCCUCUCCACCUGCCACACAAGGUCCUCUCCACCUGUACACAAGGUCCCUCUCCUUCCGUACACAGGUCCCUCCACCUGCACACCAGGUCCUUCACUGCACACAAGGUUCCUCUCUGCACACCAGGUCCCUCUCCACUGCACACAAGGUCCCUCUCCACCUGCACACCAGGUCCCCUCUCCACCUGUACACCAGGUCCCCUCUCCACUCGUACACAAGGUCCCUCUCCACCUGCACACAAGGUCCCUCUCCACCCGUACAAGGUCCCUCUCCACCCGUACACCAGGUCCCUCUCACCUGCACACCAGGUCCCUCACCCGUACACCAGGUCCCUCUCCACCAUACACAAGGUCCCUCUCCACCCAUACACAAGGUCCCUCCACCCAUACACAAGGUCCCUCUCCACCCUGCACACAGGUCCCUCUCCACCUGUACACAAGGUCCCUCUUCACCUCGUACACCAGGUCCCUCUCCACCUCGUACACCAGGUCCCUCUACACCCAUACACAAGGUCCUUCUCCAGGUCGGUAUCCUGAAGGAGCCAACAGGUAG